CCCCCCGCCCCCCCCCUUAGGGGGUGCCUUUGUACCUACACUGAUAGCCCUUACUCUGUUCUGACUCUGCUCCACAUCAGGUGAUUAUUGAGGGAGCUUCGAUACAGGAUGGGUUCUCUCUGCGUGCAGUCCCUCUGGCUAUUGUCCCUGCUCUCGGCUGCCCUGGCUGCCUAUGACAUCUGCAAUGCCAAGCCUAAAGACCUGCCCUUAGAGCCCAUGUGCAUCUACCGCAGCCCUGAGCAGGACGCCGCGGAAGUGGAGCCGGAGCUGGAGAAGGUUCCAGAAAACACAAACCCCAGAGUGUGGGAACUGUCAAAGGCCAACAGCCGCUUUGCCCUGUCGCUCUAUAAACACCUGGCCAAGGAGAAGGCCCCCACCUCCAACAUCUUCAUGUCCCCCAUCAGUAUCUCCACUGCCUUUGCCAUGACCAAGCUGGGUGCCUGCAAUAACACACUGGCACAGAUCAUGAACGUGUUUGAGUUUGACACAAUCAAGGAGAAAACAUCGGACCAAGUUCACUUUUUCUUCGCCAAGCUGAACUGCCGGCUGUACCGCAAGAAAGAUCAGACGACGGACCUGAUGUUGGCUAACCGUCUGUUUGGAGAGAAAUCCCUGGCAUUCAAUGAGAUGUACCAACAAAUCAGUGAACUCGUAUAUGGAGCCAAAAUGAUGCCACUCAAUUUCAAGGAGAAGCCAGACGAGUCACGGAAGAUUAUCAAUGAGUGGGUCGCCAACAAGACAGAGAACAGGAUUCAGGAAACACUACCAGAUGGAGUGCUAAACAGCAACACAAUGCUGGUUCUGGUUAACACCAUUUAUUUUAAGGGCCAGUGGAAAAAUAAGUUUGACAAGGAAGAUGUCUUCAAUGAUGAUUUCUUCCUCAGUGAUUCCAAGACUUGCACAGUGUCCAUGAUGUAUCAGGAAACCAAAUUCCGCUAUGGGACCUUCAGUAAUGACAAGGUCCAGGUGCUGGAGCUGCCAUAUAGGGGUGAAGAUAUCACAAUGGUGCUGAUCCUACCUUUUAAAGGGACACCUCUGUCUGAGGUGGAGGAGUCUCUUGAGCUGAAGAAGCUGACUGGUUGGCUGGAUGCCAUGAAGGAGACCACGGUGGCUGUGCAGAUGCCCAGGUUUCACAUUGAGGACAGCUUCAGUCUGAAGGACAAACUGCAGGCCUUGGGACUGGAGGACCUCUUUGACUCACACAAGGCCAGACUGCCAGGGAUGGUUGAAGACGAGGGGAAUAACCUGUACAUUUCAGAAGCCUACCACAAAGCCUUCUUAGAGGUGAACGAGGAAGGCAGCGAGGCGGCGGCGGUGACAGCUGUGGUGGCCAUCGGCCGCUCCAUCAAUCUCAAUCGCGAACGAUUCAUCGCCAACCGUCCCUUCCUGCUGCUCAUCCGAGAAGCCACCAUCAACACCGUGGUGUUCAUGGGCCACGUGGCCGACCCCUGCUCCAAAAGCUAGGGACCUGCGCUGCGGCGACACCUGUGCCCAGAGCGCGGAGCCGCCGACGCCGCUCUUCGAACAGAACGCGGUCCUCCUGUAUUUUAUAGCCACCGAAGAAAGUGAAAUGUGUUAUCGUCUGUGCUUUGCUCUUUAUUUCUCCUCCAAAAUAAAUGAACACAAAAAGAAA